GCCCUGUGGCCAAGUAUGGGGUGCCACAGAGGAUCCUGAGGUGACUGUCCCAGGCCUGUCUCACUCGCUACCCUCCAACAGACCCCUUCUCGCUUCUGGCUCUGUUUUCUCAUCCAUGAAGCAUCUUCCCCUCCACGGCUCCACCAGCUUCUGGAGGAGUGGAGUUCUUGUGUUGCUUCUCUUCCUCUUCUUGGAGCAGACUUCCGCAUCGUACACUGCCAAAAUCAAACAGAAAGUGGGCGAGUGCCCCAACAAGCGGUUGGAAUGCGGAAGUAGGGUUCCAAACCCAUGCACAACAGACUUCAACUGUGAGGCACAUUUGAAGUGUUGUCCUUUCUCCUGUGGGAAUUUAUGCAUAGAUCCUUAUGAAGAACCCUGCAUGUUACCCUCAGACGCAGGGGACUGCCAUGACAAUCAGACUCGCUGGUAUUUUGACUCUGAGAAGCAUUACUGCAGACCUUUUACAUACAGUGGAUGUCAUGGGAAUUCCAACAACUUCCUCAGCAAGACGGACUGCAAGAACACCUGCAUGUUAAUUGUGAAGAAGGGACAGUGCCCACUCUUCCCUUUCCAAAUGAGGAUGGAGUGCCCACCCUCCUGCAAGAACGACAUGGACUGCCUGGAGAAGGAGAAGUGCUGCGAGUCCAGGUGUGGCUUCAUUUGUGCCAGGGCCUGGCUAGUCAAAACAGGUUUCUGCCCAAGUAAGCCCAUGAUGUGCUUGAAGAUCGACAAGCCCAAGUGCUUGAAGGACAACGACUGUCCCCUGGAUGAGAAGUGCUGCUCACGCUGUGGCCUGAAGUGCUUGGAAGCCAAACACUGAACAAUAUCCACUCUCGGCCUGGACAGCCACCAGGAAGAAUUAUUCCCCUAAUGGACAAGAGAGACCCUUUCAUCUUUUGAAUCACCUUUGGAACAAGGCUCAGUCACCCACACACUUGGUGGCACUUCACUUGCUGCUCCUCUGACUGUAUCCCUGGAAUCACUGGCUUUGUCUCUGCCAUGCAUAGUGUUCCUGCCCCAGUGACCCUGGGACUUCUCCAACUCACGGGUCCCCAGGGUCUGGGCUUGAGCUAGACACACAUGGCAGUGCCUGAUCCGCAGUUACACAGAUUCCUCAUGCCGUAGAAUAUUGUUUUAGGAUGUGUUGUAUUUUUUUUAUGCUGGGAAUAUU